UUUUUUUUCAUACAAGAUGGGUUUAAUAGAAGAUGAGCUUGAUGAAGUACGAAGAUGCUGUGAAACUCAGGUUCCUUACACAAAGGUGGUGACCACAGUGCCUGCUAUGGUUCGGAUAGAGGUUGAGAAAACCAGUUUUAAGAAGAUAAUUGUUUGCUUCCUGUUCCCCUCAGAGUAUCCGUCUCAACCCAUACUUAUUGAACUCAAGAGUAAAACAUUAAAGGACAAGCUUCUCACAGGACUAACUAAGAUUUGUGAAGAUGAAGCCAAAAAAAAUAUAGGGAAACCACAGAUUAUUUUGGUGCUCAAGCUCAUUUCAAAGUUCCUUGAGGAGAACCCUUUGUCUGCCUGUGCAGAUGAGAUUUCAACGCUUAAAUCCUUACUUGGUCCGGAGGACUCGAUCAGGCUUUCUCAAAAGAGCAGCACAGUCAGUUUAAAGUUGCAGAAAAAUAGGUACACCCUGCAGGCUAAACUAACUAUACCUGAAAACUAUCCGAUAGAACGUGUUGAUAUUGGAGCAACUGAUUGUAAUUUCCCAAGGGUAUUUAAAGUAUGGUUUGUAGAGAAUGCUAAAGAGCUUGCAAGAAGAUGUGUGGAACCUCCCUUGAAACCAAAACCAAACCAACCUAGGUUUGAAGCUAAAACUAGUUUACUUCCUGCUGCAAAAUUUUUAAUUGAAAGUGUUCAGAGAUAUCCUUGUGAACCUUGUCAGAUUUGUCGACAGGUUCUAUUUCCAGCGGACCCUGAAGCUGCAAUACAUAAUGAAAAGGCAGCCGCUCAUGUUGAGAGGGUUUAUUGUGGGCACGCCUACCAUCACGACUGUCUUAUAUUAUACAUGAAAACACCACCUUUUCAGAACGGGAAGAAAUGUCCAGGGUGUGGAAACAGAAUUUAUCAUGAGAAGUGGAAAGUUACUCCGGAGCUAGCAGAGGCCAGGUGGGCAAGUGAGCAGGCAAAAGCAAGGGAGCUGGGAGACGUGGUGGAGUUCAUUAAAGAUUGUACUUUAUGAAAUUAUUGUGCAUUUAUGCUUUCACUUCUAGGAUUACUUCAUUUUAUAUAUGUUUUGCCAGACCUAUUUUUUAUAUUAUAAUUUUAUACAAAUAGUUUUCAUUGGUUAUUUAUAUACCUAAGCAAAGUUUGUUCGGUCCUGAAUACGUUAGUCGUUUUUCUAUUUUUUUUCUUCUAUUUCCUGCUUAGCAGGUUAAUUCUCCGCAUAUUCAUCCAGAGCUCGUUUUAUUUGUACGUAUCGUACUAAACAUAAUUACUUAUAGCUGCAUGCUUGGGUCAUCAGUAUUGAAUCGUGUGAUAAAGGUUUUAAGAUGUAAUUAAUAAUUAUAUCUUUGACUAAUACAAAUUCAGCUGAAUUCGUUUCUUAAAUCUUUGAGGCAUUUUUACGUAAUUUAGCGUUAAAGCAUACACAAACUUCUAAAUGAUGGGAAGGACACCCGUAAUACCAGAUUUGUAUAUGAAAUAUAAAAAUGAAAUAUGAAAUGAAUAUGAAAUAUAAAAAUUUAAUUUCAGA